AGGGAGGACAGAAGGAUAGGGUGAGGAGUACAGAGAAAAGUACUGCAAGAGGAGGUAGGAAAAGGCGUACGUGGAGAAGAAAGUAGGAGAAGACAGUAGGAGACAAAACAACGGAGCAAGGAUCGAGUUGGGACAGAGAAAGUCCUCUGAAACCACCCAGACACACAUCUUGUUGCAGCCUAAAAUGUGAAACCAGAGACACUCACUCACUCUGACUCCCACGUCUCUGCUGCCUGCCUGACUGGCGAGCGAUUGAAUCGGAGAGAAGUCGCACCUAUUUUUAGCCCCACGCUCGAUGGAAGGAUGGAAAUGCAAACAGACAGUAGCUGCACACGCAAAUCUGAGAGAGACAGAGAGAGAGACAGUCUGUGUGAGAGAGCGAGUGAAAGGAAGGGAGGAAGGAGGAGUGACUUAUUUGUGAAGUUCUGCAAGUUUAGAUCACUGGCUCAUUGCUGUCUGUGGAGAACACAUGGCUGGACUGGACACAAGGCAGAGCUGGGAGGAUUUCUCUGCCACAAACAGCAGCUCUUAAUCGCUCUGCAGCAUUUUCUCACAUAUUAUACAACUGUUUGAAUGCCUUCCUGAGGGAGCUGAAGCUAAAGAAGGGGCUUACAGGAGGAUUGCCCCGCCAUGGAAUGUUGUAGAUUUGCGUACAGGAUCGUAGGAAGUUUUUCUUCCCACUCUCGGGUUCGGAGCUGUGGAUCUGGAUCCGAGGAGAUUGCGCGCCUCUUAGAAUUUUCUCAGAGACUGGGAACGUCAGACUGGGAGGACUGUGGCUCCGGUAAAGACGAGCAGCCACCUCUGGCCAUUUAAACAAGCACACAGAUUUUUUUUUGCACCUACACUCAUCCAGACUAAGGAAUUCAGGAUGCGACGCUUUGACAAGCUGAAAAAGUCAUUCCCCUUCCUGGCACACUUUCAUGUAUAUCGAAAACUGGGCAACAGCAUGCAGUGUGAGGAAGGCACAGAAUGGCUACUGGAGCUGCUGAUGGAGGUGCAGCUGCAGCAGUACUUCCUGCGUAUCCGAGAUGAUCUUAACGUCACACGUCUGUCACAUUUCGACUAUGUCAAGAACGAAGACCUGGAGAAGAUUGGCAUGGGUCGACCUGGGCAGAGACGACUGUGGGAGGCUGUGAAGAGGAGGAAAGCCAUGUGCAAGCGCAAGUCCUGGAUGAGCAAGGUGUUUAGCGGUAAGCGCCCAGACGGAGCAGACCUCCCCCAGCAGGGCCAGCCAGCCUCCUCCUUCCGUAAGCUGUCUCCCACACCUCCCCUGGGCCUGGGAGAGGGAGUCCUGGCCACACAGCCCGGUGGAAUUGCUCCUCUUGAUGGGCAGCAGCAAGCUUUGACCUGCCUCAUCCCAGAGAAGGACUUGACGCUGCUUGAGAAGCUCGGGGAUGGAUCCUUUGGUGUAGUGAAGAGAGGAGAGUGGCUGACGCCUGCAGGAAAGGUGCUCAACGUAGCUGUGAAGUGUCUGAAGACAGAUGUGCUCAGCCAGCCCGACGCUCUGGAGGACUUCAUCUGUGAGGUCAAUGCCAUGCACUCCCUGGACCACCAGAACCUCAUUCGCCUCUACGGUGUGGUGCUCACACACCCAAUGAAGAUGGUGACGGAGCUGGCUCCUCUGGGUUCUCUGCUGGAGCGUUUGCGCUGUGUUCGUCCACAGGGCCCUGUGCUGAUCCACAGUCUGUGCCAGUAUGCCGUGCAGGUGGCCUGUGGCAUGGCCUAUCUGGAGCAGAGGAGGUUCAUCCACAGGGACCUAGCAGCCAGGAACAUCCUGCUGGCCUCAGCUCACAGAGUGAAGAUCGGUGACUUUGGCUUGAUGAGGGCGCUGCCUAACAACCAUGAGCACUAUGUUAUGCAGGAACAUCGAAAGGUCCCUUUUGCAUGGUGUGCCCCUGAGAGUCUAAAGACCAGAACGUUCUCCCAUGCUACAGACACAUGGAUGUUUGGAGUUACUCUAUGGGAGAUGUUCACACAUGGCCAGGAGCCAUGGCUGGGCCUUAAUGGCAGCCAGAUCCUGCACAAGAUUGAUAAAGAAGGUGAACGCCUCCCUAAGCCAGAGGACUGUCCGCAGGAUAUCUAUAAUGUGAUGCUGCAGUGUUGGGCUCAGAAACCAGAUGACAGACCUACCUUUGUCGCUCUGCGAGAGUUCCUGCUUGAGACCAUGCCCACAGACAUGUGUGCUCUGCAGGACUUUGACGAGCCAGACAAACUCCAGAUCCAGGUCAAUGAUGUCAUCACCAUCAUUGAGGGAAGGGCAGAGAACUACUGGUGGCGAGGUCAAAACAAACGUACCCAAAAGGUCGGGCAGUUCCCCAGGAACGUUGUGACAUCAGUUGCGGGUUUGUCAGCUCAUGACAUCAGCCGGCCACUCAAGAACAGCUUCAUCCACACAGGCCACGGAGACAACAACCCUCAUCGCUGCUGGGGCUUCCCUGACAGGAUUGACGAUUUGUACCUCGGGAAUCCCAUGGACCCUCCUGAUGUUCUUGGUUUAGACCUCAGUUCUGCUCGACCCACACAGCUACCAGGGAGAGCUACAAAGCCUUGCUAUGAUCCGGUAAACGAGGAUGAGGAUCUGACAUCUGCAGGACUGAAGAGAUUAUCACUUCGGAAAACGGGUUCCGUCAAAGGCCUCAAACUUAAACCCGCUGCUUGGGUCUCUGCUUCCAGACAGGGAAGUGUCAGGACUGCAGGCUCAGGCCACAACCCCAACAGUGAAGUGUCCCUCAUUGACUUUGGGGAGGAGUUCGCCCCGACCACACCCUCCCCCUCACCUGUCAUUGAAAUUCCGAUCCCCUCAAUGGUGAAGCUGGCUUUGGAAGCAGAGAAUAUCCUUGACCGGACUCCACCUCAGAGUCCAUGCAGGUCAUUGCCCCGCCCUCUGCACCCCACACCAGUAGUGGACUGGGAUGCCCGGCCAUUACCCCCACCCCCAGCAUAUGACGAUGUAGCCGGGGACGAAGAUGAUAUGGAGGUGAGCUCCAUCAACAGCUCUGAGCAGCAGCACGAAGAGGAGCAGAGUGAUGUCUGUAACCCAGACGAGGCUUUCUCUCCUAGACAGAGGGGCGAGGGUGAGGUUGUUGUCUCCAGGGGUUCAGACAGACCAGGCCUGGAGGACAACCUCUUUCUCCCCAACAAACAGAGCCAGGUCCCGUCCUCCUCUUUCUCCCAGUCUGCAGAGAUCUUCCAUGCACUCCAGCAAGAGUGCAUGAGGAGGCUCAAUGUGCCGACCCAGAGCUUGGCCUCAUAUCCUCAGACCCAAGAUGGACACGUUUCCUCCACUGAGGACAAACCUCAGAUCCCUCCCCGUGUCCCCAUACCCCCUCGCCCCAUAAAAAGGGGCGACUACACAUCUGCUCGCUGGUCAAGGGACCUCUCCCUGUCCCCAACGCCAGCCGACACCACAGAGGACGUUUCAGGACCAGAACAGGACCGACCACCUCAGAUCCCUCCCAGGGAUCCUUUGUCCCAGCCAGGCUCCAGGACUCCCAGCCCCAUGGGCCUGGUGGUGGGCUCCCCCCAGCAGAGAGUCUACUCUGUCAGCCCCACCAUCAUGCAGGUUCCCCUUACCUCCUGCCCCUCCACACACACCUACGGUUCCUACCUCUCCACCUCUCCAGGUAAACUCAUGCCUACUACACACAGCUUUGCCUCAGAUCCUAAAUAUGCUGCACCCAAAGUGAUCCAGGCCCAGGCACAGGGGAAGGACCCCGCCAGCAAGGGCCCCUGUAUCCUCCCUAUCGUUCGUGAUGGACGUAAAGUCAGUAAUACCCACUACUACCUUCUGCCAGAGAGGCCGCCAUACCUUGACCGCUACGGCCGCUUCUUCAGGGAGGCAGAGAGCCUGACUUCCAGCGGCAUGGAGGACAGGCAUGUGCGGCAAGCUAAUACCGCCACCGUCAGACCCAUGGUGGUCAGCAACCAGACUCUCCAGGGACACGCCCAGGGGCAGGGGCUCGUCCAGCAGAGCGAGCUGAAAGCUAAUUUCUCCUCCAACAAUAACAGCAGUCUCGGUGGGACACGGUCAGGGAUGAAGACAUCAGUCAGUCUCCCUCGUGUGUGUUCAGAUGGGCUGACAGCGGCGGUUGUCACUGCUUCCUGUACCAGGACCGAUGGAGGAGGAAACUCAGCUGACAGGGUCAAAAUGGUGCAGGAGGCAGUUCACGGCGUGACACUAGAGGAGUGCCAAACCGCCCUCCAGAACCACAACUGGAAUGUUCAAAAAGCUGUGCAUUACCUGAAGGUGGAGCAGUUGUUCUGUUUGGGUCUGAGGAGCAGGUCUGAGUGUCUUAAGCUGCUGGAGAUGUGUGACUGGAACCUGGAGGUGGCCAGCACUCAGAUGUUAGAUAACUAUGGAUCCACAACAAGACAGAGGCGGUGACAGAAAUCUCAAGCUGCUGAGCUCUGAUUGGAAUUUCAUCCUCAAUACCAUCAGAGGGGGUGACUCUGCUCCUGACCCUCUUGUUUGACUCUUCAGUCACACAUCCAAUCAGAAGACUGUUAUUUGAGUGUAGGAAUCAAGCACAUUUUCACUCAACUUGCACAAAAUACCAAACUUCAUUACGGCUCCAUUUAUACUCACCAUGGAUACAGAAACUUAGCCUGGGAGCAAAAAAGACUUGUUGCACUUAUUAAGAAAUUGCAUACCACCAUUCAUCAUCUUUCAAAAAUGACAAAUGACACUGUCCUUGUGCAUUCAAGGCUAUUUGGUCAAUGAGUCACCCUAACAGGUCCCUACAGUAUCACAGAUUCUGGGUGCUACCAUACUCUCUCAGAUCCACUUACUACUAUCAUCACUGCCACAAUAAGACUCUUUUCUUUUUGUUAAAGUCAUUAAACGGUCAGGUUGAGGUGAAAAUGAAGAGGUGAAAAUGAGUUAAAUAGCACAAAUACACAGAUGCACUGUGUAUAAAAGGUCCACACUUUGCCAAGAGAUCAUCAUAUCGUGUCAGGAUAUGCCAAGAACUAUUAAAUAGUACAGUUUGACUGAAAACUGGUGUUUCAGUAUAGUUUACCUCUUCAACAUCCAAACACAACAAAAUACAAAACCGAUAUUUAAUUGGCUGUUCAGGCCAUACUGUAGAAGUAAUUUAGCCUGUUUACGGCUAUAAAGAUGAAUGGUUAUAGUGAUUAUGAAGACUGUCUGCUGCUGAAAGCCUGUGCAGGAAAGUGAGAAUGUGUGUGUGUGUAAACACAUUUAGCUCACCUCUUCAGUCAUGAUGAAUUUUUACAAUUUGAUGUGGGGAGUUAGUCAGUAUUAACACCUCACCUAAGACUCAAAGUGUUGACCUUAAUCAAGAAAAUUAAUGGGAAAAGAAGAUUAGAAAAUGUACUUUUUAUUUACCUACAAAACUAAAUGUAUGUACAGUAUGUGUGGCAACAAUUGUAUUAAAUAUUGGUAUAUUUUAGUUUUGAAUAUAAAGCUCAGAGACCAGAGAAGACUGUUUUGUCCAUUGCUAGUCAGUCUAUUCUCUAAAUGAUUUGAAUGUGUCUCCACUUGAGUUAAACACCAAUCUGUGAGUAUUGCCUCAUGUGGUUCAAGAAGAAAAACGGCCACCCAGUCAGUGGAAACUUCCUUCACCCCAGUCUUUAGUCUUUCCUUAUUCCUUCCGUCUAAGCACUUUGCCCACACAGAACUCCUGUGCAUCAGCUGAAAACUCCUGCCAACUUGGUAUUUUCUGCAUGCACCUAGACUACGUUGGCAGCUAAUAAGAGCAAUGUAGUGAAAUUCACCCUCAGGCACAGAUCCAGCCCCAUAAUCAUCACUUACAACCACAACUGUGAUAUUUUGGUCAGCAGCUUUAGGGGCAAUAAUUUAAAACUGGGGAGUACGCGUCAGCUAGGGGUGAACUCACUGCUGGACGUGACAGUACAUUUUCUGUCUGGGUUUUAUCGCACCACAGCCCUCAGCAAUGAACGGUCAAUAUGUAAGGUUUAAAAUUCAGUCAACACAGAGAACUUUUCUUCCGGCUUGUGUUCAAAGAGGAAAGGACUUUGACUUCUAAAAUUCACUUUAAUGUGGUCAACAAAUCAUUGAAAAACAAUACUAGACACACAAUCCCUCCGGUGCUUCUCUCCACAGGAAACGAGAACCUUCUUUGCCAACUGGUACUAAUCUAUUUAAAUUAUAAGCGUGUAUGUCCACAUGUAGACCCCUGGAUUUGCUCCAAACCAUCAAGCCCCUCCAUAUGUCCACAAAAACCCAGAGCCGUUCUGUUUGGGCAGAAACUUUAAAUGGCCUCUGAAGAAGUUAAUACAGAGUUUAAAAAAACGUGUUGGAAAUAUAUUUUAUAAAGGAUGUACAGUACUGAUUUUGGAUGACAACCUUCAGUAAAAGCUUCCUCUCGUGUGCAAUAAGGCUGCUGUAGAACCUGUAACCUCCUAGUCUGUCCAUCCAUCAGUGCCAUCCAGUGAAAAUAGAGCUUUCAUUGUCAUUACGUAUCCUUGUUGCACAGGAAACAAUUGUCUGAUACCAUUUUCAGUAUAAAGUGUUUGGUGAGUCAGUUUUUCCUCCCGAAAGUAGAAAGAAGUUGUCCUUUUACCAUUUGGUAACCAGUGCAUAAGGACAACUUGAUGUGAGGGCUGCUUCCACAGUCUGUUAAUGUGUUGUUUCUCUUUAUACCAAGCUGCUGUAGAUGUGUUAGAAGGACUGAAGUGAACCUUGUGGUGUUAUGAUCGACCCAAAGCAACAUUCUCCUGUUGUGGUGUUGAAACUCUGAUGUUAGAAAACUCUGUUCAGUUCUGUUUAGUCUUUGUUCGCCAGAUCGGUUUCUUCUGAAACUGUCUGCGUUUUUAAGUCACUUAUAUUGUUUUUGCUGUUUUUCCUUCAAUCCAACUUGCCAUUUCUGUCUCAUUUAUAUGUAUUUGCUUCCCAGAAUGUGUUUUAUUUGAAAUGCCUACUUGUACAGUUGGUUCUCGUUUUUUCUCCUCCUGGGUUGAUGGAAAUGCUCAAGAGAAGUUCAUGCUGCCGAAUUUAUAAAUGUAUUUUUUAUUAAAGAGUUAAUUAUUUUUUA